CUUACGUCAUCGUGUUAACUGCGGAAGUGGACACGUGUGGUUGAAGGGUUCGCCACCUCGCAUACUGAGAGGCCACGACUCUUCUUCAGGAUCAGAAGUCAGUUAUCCUCAUCGUCAUCUUCCUCUCCAUCAUGGCCGUGAGAGCGUCCUUUGAGAAGAACAACGAGAUCGGCUGCUUCGCCAAACUAACCAACACCUACUGCCUGGUGGCUAUCGGCGGCUCGGAGAACUUCUACAGUGUGUUUGAGGGCGAGUUGUCAGAAACCAUCCCGGUGGUUCACGCCUCCAUCGCAGGCUGUCGCAUCAUCGGGAGGUUGUGUGUCGGGAACCGUCAUGGCCUUCUGGUGCCCAACAACACAACAGACCAGGAGCUGCAGCACAUCAGAAACUGUCUGCCAGAGGUUGUGAAGAUCCAGCGAGUGGAGGAGAGGCUGUCUGCGCUCGGGAACGUCAUCGCCUGCAAUGACUACGUUGCACUGGUGCACCCCGAUCUCGACAGGGAGACGGAGGAGAUCCUUGCGGACACGCUGCAGGUGGAGGUUUUCCGUCAGACGGUUGCAGAGCAGGUCCUCGUCGGCUCCUACUGCGCCUUCAGCAACCAGGGAGGCCUCGUCCACCCAAAGACGUCCAUCGAAGACCAGGACGAGUUGUCGUCUCUGCUGCAGGUCCCCCUGGUGGCCGGCACUGUGAACCGGGGCAGCGAGGUCAUCGCGGCGGGGAUGGUGGUCAACGACUGGUGCGCUUUCUGUGGGCUGGACACCACCAGCACUGAGCUGUCUGUUAUCGAGAGCGUCUUUAAACUCAGUGACUCGGCACAGCCGUCUGCUAUCGCCACCAGCAUGAGAGACUCGCUGAUCGACAGCAUGGCGUAGAAGCUGCGUCAGUUUCCUGCCGUGGAGGAGCCCUGCCACACAAAGCUGCUGGACCGCAUUUCCUUCAACACAAACUUGCUUCCUUUUUCUGUCAGAUCCCCCAGUUUUCACCUGCAGCCGUAUUAAAGUAUCACUUUUUGAAUAUAUUUGAGCAGAGAGAAGUUUGAGCUGCUCGUUCUCGUCGUGGAAGCUUCUGAUGGACGGAGUUAAACUAGCUGCAGUCUUGUUUCAGUGUGUUGGGAGGAAAAGUGCAGUAACAGAGUGAUGUGAAUGUUUUCUUUUUUUUGUGCUGCUGUUUGAAGCCUAAGUCCACACAGUCAGCUGCUUAGACAUGUUUGGUUUCCUGUAGUCAUAAGAUUAAAAUCAUCUCCAUUUUCUUAAUAUUUACAGAUAAAUUUUCUCCAGUCUGACCCGUUGGAUCAUGUGAAGGCUGCAGAAAGCAAACAUGAAUUUUAAAAGUAAAAAAGAAGGUGAUAAUUGGCCUGAAUGAGCGCUCAGAAAGCUUCAGUCUGAGGUCUGAAAUCAACAUUUGGUUUUGCAGCAUCCAGAAAAUGAAAACAUGAUGCAGUGAGAUGAAAAAGUGUUUGUUCGUGUUUAUGCAGAAAUGAGGUUUUUUCAUCAGACUGUAUGAAAUGAGACAAAUUGGACACAACCAAUGUUUCCUUGGACUUCUUACUGUAAAUAAAGUAAACCCUCUUUU